AUGGCGGAGAUAAUUAUUUCUGAAGAUAUCCUCGGGAAUAUCAACGACAAAGUCGUUUUCAUCACUGGCGGCGCAUCGGGAAUCGGAAAAGCAACUGCUGAGCUCUGCCUUAGGAAGGGGGCGAUUGUAGUCAUCGGCGACCUGAACGCAUUGCCAGCCGAUCUACAGGUAUCGGAGAAACUCAAAUUCGAUCAAGUUGAAGUUUGCUCUUGGGAGAGUCUACAAGACGCCUUCAUCCAGAUUGAAGCAUGUUUCGGUCAUAUCGACCAUGUCUUUGCCAACGCAGGCGUUAGCCCGACAACCAAUUUAUUGGACGAUACACUUGAUGAGAAUGGCCUCCUUGCGCCUCCCAACCUGCGAACAGUCAAUGUCAACCUUUUGGGUGUCAUUUCAACUGUUCGCUUGGCUUCUUAUUACAUCCAGAAGCACUCGACUCACCGAUCAACUGGUGAAUUGGGAAGAAUUGUGGUUACUGCAUCCACAGCAUCAUUCCAGAAUUUCACCGCGGGCGAUUAUACAAUCACGAAGCAUGGUGUUUUGGGACUUGUUCGCGGCCUUCAAUCUCAGUUGGAAGGUAAGGUUCGAUUGAAUGCGGUCUCGCCAUCGUGGAAAAAUACUGGAAUGGUGCCCAAAGAUUUUAUUGAAUCACUUGGCGUUCGUGUUCAAGAGCCGGAGGUCGUGGCUCGAAGUGUGGCUCUUUUGUUUGGUGAUCAAAAGCGUUAUAGCGAAGUCAUCUAUAGUUGGGAUGGGAAGUUCCUGGAGGCUAACAAGGCUGAUGGUGGGUUGCUCCAGGGCGCUGAUAAGAUCCUUGUAAACGCUGCCAAUGAGGAUCGCGUUAUGGUGAAGCGGAGGGAGGCGGUAGCACUCGGGUUGAUCAAGAUAUAG